AUGGAAGUUUUAGAGGAUAAAUGCAUUACACCAGGAUACGGUUUAAUUGAAGAAUCAGUUAAAGCAAUACCACGUUUAUUCAGUAAGGAAGAUCCAUUCAUGAUUCCAGCUCAACAUAUUGACGUUCGUUCACUAAAUGGAGGUUGCAUCACUCCUGAAGGUAUUAGCUCAGAUUUCUCAUACGCUCUUCAUAAUGUUACAGAUGUUGUGUUAGCAUUUCCGAAGAAUGCAAUGCAAAGAACAGUUUUAG